AUGGAUAAUGAUUUAGCAUGUUGUCUAAAAAUAUUUGUUCAAAAGCAAAAAGAAAUAAUUAAAGAAGAACAAAUUCAAAUUCAACAAAAAUAUAAUCAAAUAAAGCAAAAAUUAAAACAACAAACUAAGCUUAAAUAUAUUUACAUUGAUCAAAAAGAAAAAUUGACUUUAGAACAAUUUCAAGAUGAUUUCAAAUUAUUGCAAAAACAAUUAGAUGAAGCAUUAGAGCAAAUAAAUGUUCAAAUUAAAUAUAGUCUUAAACAGCAAAUACAACAGUAUGAACGUGAAAUUGAUUUACACAUAAAUAGUUUACAACAAAAUUUACAAUUAUUAUCAAAGAAACAGUCUACACAAAAACAAAUACACAAUAAUGAGAGAGAAUUUAAACAACAACAAAUACAAAAUGAUGAAGACGCUUUAAGAAAUUGGCUGAAGCAGCAAGAAAAGUUAUUUGAGAACGAGAGACAAACAUUGACUGACAUUUUAAUAAAACCACUAACAAAAGAUAAUGAUAAAAACUAUUUUGAUUUAAUUAAACAAUGGUGUGAUAAAAAAGAACGUUUAGUUUCUUGUCCACAAACUAAAGUAUUAAAUACAGAUAAUAUAUGGGCUCACUUUCAGAAUAAUUAUUUGUUAAUUAAUAGAGCUAUAACAACGUACCAACAAGCUAGAAGACGAAAACCACAAAUAAUUGAAAAAUUAUUAGAUAAACUACAAGAUUAUAUAUCAUAUAUUAAAAAACAAAACUCUACACUUGAUGACGAUAAAAUAUUAUAUAUACAAGAAGUAAAACAAUAUUAUGAUAGUAUUAAAGCGUUUUAUGAAACAGAUAAUGUUGACAUAAAGAUCAUUUUAAAAAAAAUAGAUGAAUGGUUAAAUAAACAAAAUGAAGUAAGUGGACAAAAUUUAUUUAUUGAACAAGAAGUAGACGAUGAAUAUGAACAUAAGUCACAAAAGCAAGAACAACAAAUUAUCAAUUUAUGUGAUACAUUAAAUAAAUUAGCACAGGGUUCGGAAUUUGAAAAAGAAUUUCAACAAAAUGAUGAUGAACAACAACGACUAUCACCAGCUGUUAUAAGUGGAAAAAUUGAUAAUCCGUCCGAGAAUGAUUUGCCAUUAAUAUUUCGCUUAAAUAUUGACUAUAAUGAAUGGAAAUUAAAUGGAGAAGAUCGGCAAAAUGAAUUUUGUCAAAUUGUAUGUGAACAAUUACAAAUACCUGUAAAUAAACUUCUUAUACUUAAAGUGGAACGUGGUAGUACAGUUUUACAAGUGAUUGUUCAGCCACCUUACGGUAAAAUGGUUGUUGAAAAAUUAUGUUCUGAAGAUUAUGUAAUACAUGGUGUAGAUAAUUUGUAUUCCAUUGUAAUUGGACGUUUAAAUAUUAAAGAACAAUAUAUGAAUUCGGACUGGAAUCGUGCUUAUAUCGAUAAUAGGUAUGACGAUGACGACGAUGAUGACGACGACGAUAACAGAACAUUUUGGGAGGGAGCAUUAGAUCGCGGUGGCAAACCUUAUUAUUGUCCAAAAGGUUGGACACGUUUUGGAAUUAAAAUUUGUGAAACACCAGAAGAAUUCGAUCAGAAAUGGGGCGACUGGUAUAUUGCUUAUCAUGGUACAAAGAGUAAAGUUGCAUCAGAUAUCUUAAAUUCUGGGUUAAGAGUAAGUCAAGGAGGUUGCUGGACAAUACGUCCAUGUAUUUAUUUAUCACCAAGUAUUGAAUACUGCGCACACCCACGCUACGCUGAACCAUGGUCAAAACCAGAUGAACCAAAUAAGUUCUACCAGUUGGUAUUUCAAUGUCGUGUUAAUCCAAGAUUUAUAACAAAUAAAAGUGUUCAUCCAGAAACUUUAUUAUCAGACGAUGAAAAAUGGAGACAAAUUGAUGAAAAUUUUUUAAAUAGUGAAUUAGAAUGGGUAAUACCAGCAGCAAAAGGUCGUCAAUAUAUAACAGAAGAUAUUAUUUGUUAUGGUAUUAUGUUACGUACAUUUGUCUUUUAUUAUUCAAUCGUUGAAUGUGUCACAUCAUUAACGAAAUUGCAUGAUAUGACGAUGGGCCAACUUUUUGCAACUAAACAGAGAAAUGCUCAUUUUGAAGAUAAAAUAGGCAAGAAGAACAGAGCAGAUUGUGGCAAGGUAGCUGAUCAACUUGUAAUACAACUUACAGGCAAAAAUGAUCUGAACGAAGUUGAUCAACAUGGACAUGAUCUCAGAUCAGAGCAAGAUGUUGAAUUACAUAUUAAAAAAAUGAAAAAAAUUCGAGGACCAUUUAUAUUGCGUAUUGCUUUACUUGCUCCAGCUUCCCUCAAACGGGAAGAUCCAUCUGGGCCAUCUCAUGCAUAUUUAGUUUUAUCAUGUGAUGGAAUCGUUGGACGUCUAUAUCAAAGUUAUCAUGAUACUCUUUAUUUAAAUAUAAAAUAUACCGUAAAUGAAUGGAUUAAAGAUCAAAAAUGUCGAAAUGAAAUUAAUAUAGAACAACAUUUAAAAACAUUAGUCAAAUUAUUCGUAAAGAUGUCAAAAACUACUCAAAAAGAUGUAGAAGAGAGAAAAGAUUUUUUUAUGGAAUCAUUUACAUAUAGCAGUAGUCGCUUUUCUCCCAGAAUACUACGAACAAUUUCCGAACAGAUCGAAUUACCUCAACAAUAUAUGAUAUGUAUCAUGUAUGAAAAGACUGACGUUGGCAAAAUGAAAGCUCGAAUAAAAAAGUUCAUAAAAGAAGCUGAUGCGAAAAAACAACUCACUAAUGCAAAGUCUUUAUCUUGUUACUAA